GGACUACAGGACUAGGGCCAAUUUCUACCGCUGGAAUGUUGAUGUAUUGAUGACGUAUUUGACAUCAAGCAACUCGGAGGAGAUUCAAGGGUCAGCAGGGAGCAACCCGUACAGCGGACUGCUUAAGGACGUCACAAUCGAUGGGAAGGACUACAAGUAUUACAGCCUACCUGGUCUCAAUGACAGUCGAUAUGACAAGCUUCCCUACUCUGUGAGAGUCCUGCUGGAGUCGGCCGUGAGGAACUGUGAUGAGUUCCAGGUCCUCAAGAAGGAUGUGGAGAACAUACUGGACUGGGAGAAGCAGCAGGCCAACAGUGUGGAGAUCCCAUUCAGGCCCGCCAGGGUCAUCCUGCAGGAUUUUACGGGUGUUCCUGCAGUUGUAGACUUUGCCACCAUGAGAGACGCCAUGAAACGUCUUGACGGAGAUCCAGAGAAAAUCAACCCAGUCUGCCCAGCCGACCUUGUGAUAGAUCACUCCGUGCAAGUGGAUGUGGCCAGGAGUGGUCUGCAAUAUUCACCUAACCCCGGAGGCGGGGUCACACCAGUUCAAAGUUCAAACCCAGGGUCAAGGUCAACCUCUUGCAGAGUAUGCUCCUCUUCAGGGAUGCCUGUUUUAGAUUCUCUAUGUCCAUUUCACGGCCACAAAACCGGCGGUGCUGAUGCUCUGGAGGAAAAUGAAAAACUUGAAUUUGAGAGAAAUAAAGAAAGAUUUCUCUUCCUAAAGUGGGGUGCCAAGGCGCUGAAGAACAUGUUGAUUGUGCCCCCCGGCUCGGGCAUCGUGCAUCAGGUCAACCUGGAGUACUUGGCCCGAGUGGUGUUCAACCCCGAUGGAGUUCUCUACCCUGACAGUGUUGUGGGCACUGACUCUCACACCACCAUGAUCAAUGGCCUGGGAGUAGUUGGAUGGGGUGUCGGUGGUAUUGAGGCUGAAGCUGUGAUGUUGGGCCAGUCGAUCAGCAUGGUGCUGCCGCAAGUCGUGGGAUACAAACUUACUGGCUCUCUCAACCCUCUAGUCACCUCUACUGAUGUCGUUCUCACCAUCACCAAGCAUUUACGUCAAAUAGGAGUUGUAGGAAAGUUUGUGGAAUUCUUUGGCCCGGGAGUGACUGAUCUGUCCAUCGCUGACCGAGCAACCAUCUCCAACAUGUGCCCCGAGUACGGAGCCACCGUGGGCUACUUCCCUGUGGAUGAGAUGAGCAUUGUGUAUCUCCGACAGACAGGCAGAGCGGAAGAGAAGCUGAACUUCAUUGAGAAAUAUAUGAAGGUGAACAAGAUGUUCCGUGACUUCAGCGAUGCCUCUCAGGACCCAGUCUUCUCACAGAUUGUUGAACUUGAUCUUGCCAGUGUAGUGCCAUGCUGCUCAGGGCCUAAACGUCCGCAUGACCGUGUGUCUGUCUCCGACAUGAAGUCAGACUUCUUCAGCUGUCUGUCCACCAAGGUCGGCUUCAAGGGUUUCGGCCUUCCCGAAGACAAGCUGUCAACAACAGUGCCUGUCGUUUACGACAACCAGGAGUACACAAUAAGCCAUGGCUCUGUCGUCAUCGCUGCCAUCACCAGCUGCACCAACACCAGCAACCCCUCCGUCAUGCUAGGAGCAGGUCUCCUGGCCAAGAAGGCCGUGGAAGCAGGUCUAUCAGUGAAGCCCUACAUCAAGACUAGUCUCUCCCCGGGGAGCGGAGUCGUCACUUACUAUCUCCGCGAGAGUGGGGUCACGCCCUAUCUGGAGAAACUAGGGUUCAGUAUUGUAGGGUAUGGCUGUAUGACGUGUAUCGGGAACAGCGGGCCGCUCCCUGACUCUGUAGCAGAGGGGAUAGAGAAGGGGGAACUAGUGACCUGCGGGGUUCUGUCUGGCAACCGGAACUUCGAAGGGCGUAUACAUCCACUGACAAGAGCCAACUACCUGGCUUCUCCCCCGCUGGUGAUUGCCUACGCCCUGGCGGGAACUGUGUGUAUAGACUUCGAGACACAGCCACUCGGCACAACCCCAGAAGGCAAGGAGGUCUACCUGCGCGACAUCUGGCCCACCAGACAAGAAAUCCAGGAAAUUGAAAAAGAAAACGUGGUACCAGCCAUGUUCCAAGAUGUUUACUCUAGAAUAUCAAAGGGAAACACUAGGUGGAACUCGCUGGAGGCUCCGGAGACCAUGCUCUUCCCAUGGGAAGACAGUUCCACCUACAUCAAGUCACCGCCAUUCUUUGACGGCAUGACGAGGGAGCUGCCGACCACCCUGCCCGAAGUUACUGAUGCCCAUGUGCUGCUGAACCUUGGGGACUCAGUGACGACCGAUCACAUCUCACCUGCUGGGAGCAUUGCCAGGAACAGCAGUGCUGCCAGAUACCUCUCCAGCAGAGGCCUGGUGCCACGUCAGUUCAACUCCUAUGGCUCUCGUCGAGGGCAUGACUCAGUUAUGGCACGUGGAACAUUUGCCAACAUCCGAUUGGUCAACAAGUUUGUUAGCAAGCCAGGUCCCAGGACUGUCCAUAUACCUAGUGGAGAGGAGAUGGAUGUGUUUGAUGCAGCAGAGAGAUACCGCAAGGACAACAAGACGCUGGUUAUUCUGGCCGGCAAGGAUUAUGGGUCCGGGUCCUCACGAGACUGGGCAGCAAAGGGUCCAUUCAUGCUUGGUGUACGAGCUGUGAUAGCGGAGAGUUAUGAGCGUAUUCACCGCAGCAACCUGGUGGGGAUGGGUCUGAUCCCCCUACAGUACCUGGACGGACAGAACGCCGACACUCUCAAGCUCAGCGGGAAGGAGACAUUCAGCAUAACCCUCCCUGAUGACAUUCAACCUGGCCAGGUCAUCGAGGUCAAGCUUGGUGACAGUCGAUCAUUCCAAGCAAAGGCUCGCUUCGACACUGAAGUGGAGUUGAUGUACUUCCGCAACGGUGGUAUCCUUAACUACAUGAUCCGGCGCAUGCUGUAGACAAGGUCGCAGUCGGAUGUCACCAACAUCGGUCCUCGUGGCGAGAACCAGAUUCCCAUCUCAAUGUAUUACUCUUGAACACUGCACAGCCCAUAGCAAUUUAGGCAUUAUAGUCUUGCUGAAUAUUCUCACACAUGUAAAAAUGGAUUGACUCAGAUUACCAAAUGUACUGGCCAAAUAAUGUGACCGGAAUCUUCUGUUUUUGAAGUCUACUGCUCUACUUUUGAUAGGGAUAAUCAGAUAUGUCAUUCUAUUUAACUGUAAAUUUUACAUUAUAAGAAUCAGUUUGUGUAUAAUGGACAGAUGCAUAUGUCUCUAUUAGAAGUGGAGUAGUAUGUUUUUUAUCUAACUUUGUUUGGGUAGUCCACUUUCUCUCAGUCAAGGUUAAGGGUCAAGCAGUAAUUUCAACAUGUUCAAGGACCCACUAUCUUAUAUUCAAAGGGGCAUUCUUUUGUUUUAAAAACAAAUUCCAGUUAACGAAAAAAUGAAAAGAUGACCUUUUUUGAUAAAAUGUACUGCUGAUGAAUUAUCUGAAUAACCUGAAUUAUCAACUAUGUUGGAUAACAAUAUGAGUUUAGUCACUGGUUGAUAAAAUCCCAGGUUUGGAAACUGAAAUAACCGAUCCACAAACUGAAAAAAAAAAUAGCUUGAAAAUCUCAGGGUUGGCUUUGUAAGACUGUUAGGUAGACAAGCAGAUUUUAACACUUGAGAAUACUACUUAAUAUCUUCAUACUUGACUCUUUCAACUGUUCACAUAAACUUCCAAUAACCUGUGGUGUGUUUGUACUGGUAUUACUGUGGAGAGUUCUCUAGGGGAGAUAACUUGGUAGAAAACAGUGAAUCCCACUAGAAACAGGAUGCAUGUUGAAAUCAAAUGUAUCACUUUCUAAAUCAGUCAAAUUAUAUGGAACUGCCCUUAGUCACAUGUAAUGAAAUCCUAUCCUGUGUUACAGUGUAUACAGUGUUACCAUGAUUACAUACUUGUUAUGUUGUGGGUGAGAUUGUUUCUUUGUUGAAAGAUGGUAUUUGGUGUACAACUGUUUAUGUUUGUAUGACUUACUUUUUUAGUUUUAAACCGAUGUUUUACUUUUUUGAGAAAUAAUUGAGACGAUUACUAUCCAGAUUUUGUUGUUGCUUAGUAAAGGAUUUAUGACUGACUUAAAAUUAAUAAUUAUAUUUUUCAGAAGCCAGUAGCGAUAAAAAGGUUCACUUGGAUAUUGUCUCUAUUUUAUAUCCAUUUACUGCUAUAAGGAAUAAAGUAGAGAAUAAAUGUUGACGCUACAUGUUACGAAUCAGUUGAUUCGAUGAAGUUAUUUCUCACAUCGUAUCAUGUUAAAUGGGUCGCAAUAGAAAUGAGUCUGUGGUGUAGCCUUCAUAAUAGAAAUUGUCGCUUUAUGCUAAACGUCAGAGCUCAAUUUCGUACUCUGAUUUGAUGUUCCUGAAAGUGUUGGAGAACCAUCCUCACGGUCCACCAUUAUAAACAAGUAGAUAUAUGAAGUCACAACUUGUAUGAAAUCAUGAAGAAAGUAUUUUCCUAGGUUGUAUGAAUGGUUUCUGUACUGCACCUAAGCAUUACAUAUUUGCUCUGCAUAUUCCUGAUAAAACCUUGCUUGUGUAUAUGGGUGGAUGCCGAUGUCCGCGUGACUGUCAUUUGACUGAUAGAAUCAUUGUAUUUAGUUGUAUGGAAACAUGUAUAUGACGGGAGGGUGUUGUCAAACUGCCAGUGGAUUUUCAUGUAUGGCAAUAAAAGUAGAAUUGUGAUACA